AUGUCUUACAAACAAACAAUUCUCAUCACCGGCGGUACAAUCUCACUCGGCUACCACGUAGCCCUCAACCUCGCCCGUCAAUACCCAGACUACCAAGUAAUCCUCUCCUCCCGAACCGACAAAGAGCACGCCGCCGACAAAAUCAACCAAGCCCUCGGGCAAAAGAAUGUUUCCUUCCUCCCUCUCGACCUCUCCUCAACCUCCAACAUCCGACACUAUGCCAAAAACUACUCCAGCCUCGGCUACCCACCCAUCGCGAUCCUGCUCCUCAACGCCGGCCUCCAAUUCCCAGACGAGAUGAGGAAAAACGACGAGGGCUACGAAUUAACAUUCGCCAUCAACCACCUCGGCCACGCACUACUCUUCCACCUCCUAACACCUCAUCUCUUCCCCAAGUGUCGAGUCGUAGUCACCUCCUCCGGAACCCACGACCCCGCGCAAAAAACCGGCGUGCCAGACGCAAAAUACACAACAGCCUCAGAACUCGCGCACCCCACGCCCGAAACCGCGCAAAACGAGGGCCGCCAACGCUACUCCACCAGCAAACUCUGCAACGUGCUCUUCACCUACGCCGUCUCACGGCGUCUCAAGGCACAGGGUUCACAAAUCACCAUCAACGCCUUCGACCCAGGUCUCAUGCCGGGGACAGGAUUGGCGCGCGAGUACUCGCCCGUGCUGAAGUUCCUGUGGUUCCGCGUCCUGCCGCGGUUCCUCCCCGUGCUGCGGUUCCUGCUGAAGACGGAGAAUAUCCAUACGGCUGUGGAGAGCGGUGCGAGUCUGGCGUGGGUGGCGAGUGGGAAGGAGAUGGAGGGGAAGACGGGGUGCUUUUUUGAGGGGAGGAGGGAGAGGGAGAGUAGUGAGGUGAGUUAUGAGGUGGGGAAGCAGGAUGAUCUUUGGGAGUGGACGGUUAGGACUACUUGUAGUGAGGGGGAGGAGUAUUUGAAUCUCAAGGUUUGA